AUCACGCGCAUGCGUCAAGGUGGUGUAACCCACGGCCUGAUAUAAAUACUGUGGUACAGAAGCAUAUAAGUACUAUUGUUAGUGCCGGUGAAGAGGAAUCAGUGAUAAAAUGCGUGGACUCCAAAUUUGUUUAUUAUUGGCAUUGUGCGCUGUGGUCAAAACAGGGUACAUAGGGUACGCGAACUAUGGUGGUUACAAGAGUUAUCCAGGAUACGUCGUUCAUGGAUACAGUGGCUACAACGACGGUAAUCACGGAGAAUAUUACGCGUACCCUAAAUAUGCCUUCGAUUAUUCUGUAAAUGAUCCCCACACCGGUGAUCACAAAACGCAGUGGGAAUCCCGUGAUGGGGAUGUAGUUAAAGGUGCCUACUCUCUUGCCGAGCCUGAUGGCACAACUCGUAUAGUGGAGUAUACAGCUGACAAACACAAUGGUUUCAAUGCGGUUGUCAAGCGAAUUGGACAUGCUCACCACCCUCAAAUAUAUGGAAAACACUAUAAUGGACCUGGUUAUUAUGGAUACCAAUAGAUAUAAAUACAUAAAUAAUAAAGUAAAAAAAAAAACAAAAAUGACCAAUAUAUGACAGCACGUGACAAUCAACUGUGAUAGUGUUGAUAUUAAAAACUGUAAAUACCUUACUCUUAAAUUGUUUCAUGACAAUUAAUUAAUGUUUUAUACAUUUAUACUAAUUAUCUGUGAAAAUAAUUUAUUUUUAUUAUUAAAGACGGAAUAAACAGUAUCAAA